GGCUUUGCUGAGGAUGAGGAUGAGGAUGAAGAACGCGAAACACCUGUGAUCACGUUCAGCGUCAGCCACUGAGAUGUUCAGCUCCGCCAGCACUAUGACCGAUGGAGAUUACGACUAUCUGAUCAAACUCCUGGCUCUCGGGGACUCCGGAGUGGGCAAGACCACCUUCCUCUACCGCUACACCGACAACAAGUUCAACCCCAAAUUCAUCACCACCGUGGGCAUUGAUUUCAGGGAAAAGAGAGUGGUUUAUACGACAAACAGCCCCAAUGGAACGACAGGAAAGACGUUUAAGGUUCACCUGCAGCUCUGGGACACGGCGGGACAGGAGAGGUUCAGGAGUUUGACCACGGCCUUCUUCAGGGAUGCGAUGGGUUUCUUGCUCAUGUUCGAUCUGACGAGCCAGCAAAGCUUCCUCAACGUCAGGAACUGGAUGAGUCAGCUCCAGGCGAACGCGUAUUGUGAGAAUCCAGAUAUUGUUCUCGUGGGUAAUAAAGCCGAUCUGAACGACCAGAGAGAAGUUCAGGAGAAACAAGCGAAAGAACUAGCGGACAAAUACGGAAUUCCCUACUUCGAGACGAGUGCGGCGACCGGCGCGGAGGUGGAUAAAGCCGUGGUGACGCUGCUGGAUCUGGUGAUGAAGCGGAUGGAGCAGUGUGUGGAUAAACCGGCGGCGGAGCACGACACGGACGGCUCCAGCAAACUGGACGCCGCGGCGGGAAACCAGAAGAAGUCAUCAUGACGCCGCGUGUUUGACGAAUGAAGGACGUCUGAUCGCACGCCUUUAAAUGUGACAAUCUCUGGAUGGUGUUUCUACUGAACUCCUGCUUGGCCUUGAACUUGGCGCUUUGGUGUUUUCCUGGUUUCUGUGGUUUCAGGAAUGGCUUUAUGACCAGUGAUGUUGUUCUCUUGAAGUUUACAUUGAUUGAUUGAUUUUCUCUCCUCGUGCCUGUAACGAUCUACUGACCGAAGAAACGCUGCCCGAGUCUUUCUUAACUCCUGUAAGCUCUUUUACUGCAUCACCAGUAUAUAAUAAAACACGAAAUAACACAACUGGUUAAAAAAAUAACUCCUCAGUUUCCUUUGAGAGCGUUUAUUUUUUGUUAUGCGUGUAACAUGUUACUAAAGAAUAAAGAGGAAAAAAUGCUCUGGAGUUUUAAUGGUCCAUUUGUG